AUGGCUUCGGCAUUACUUAAAUCGUCAAAUUCCUUUCAAGCACUUUCCUUAUAUCGCAGACUUAGAAGGGCCGGUGAAGAGUCGGUAUUGUACUCGAGACCUGCUAUCUAUUACGUUAGACAAAGAAUUCGCGAAGGUUUUAGAGAAUAUGAGAAUGUAGCUGAUGAACAAUUAUUACAAGAUUUAUUUGAACGUGCAGCAGAAAGAAAAGGUAUAGAACAUAGAAUUAUUCGUAAUUUAUGUGAGAUGACUUAUAUUCAGAAUAGAUAUAAAACAAGACCACCAUUUGUUAAUAAAAAGCAGAAAAAUGAAAAAUAUCUUAUACAUCAAGGAAGUUAUAGAGAUCUUUAUGAUAUGAUCAAGAUGUUUAAUGAUACUUUGAAGUUAUGUUUAAGAUAA